AUGGAUAUUUCAACCUGCGAUGGACUCGGAGGGGUGAAACUCAUUCUGACAGACUUCGAUUACACUUUUCUUGAUUCUGACCACAAUGCUUCUGAGGCGAAUGCAGCAGCGUUUGGCAAGACUGCGGCAGCCGGAAUCAUCACGGCCAUUGCCAGCGGGCGGUCCAGAGACGGAACGCUUUCGUGUCUCUCUGAAACUUGCAAGGGGCUCAUGAAGUACAGUGGGUAUCCUGGAAUUUUUCUGAAUGGCAGCGUAGUGUAUGGACGGAAUGGGGAUAUCUUGUCAUGCACGGAGAUACCGCUUCCCGGCCAGCACCUUUUGCUAGAGAAGAUGAAAGAAAUGGGAGUGCUGAAUAACAUUCUCGGCUAUACUCCAGAUAAAGUCUUGUGCAUUGAAAGGAAUCAGUAUACGGAUAAGAGCUAUGUGGUGUACAAAGAGCCAGCACCAGAAGUGCUGCCGUAUGAAGAAUUUGCGUCCACACGAUUCGUUAAACUCGUGGCGUGUGGGACUGUGGAGUCUACGAAUGAAGCUCGACCAGUCCUGGAAAAGGCAGUUGGUGACCACCUACGAUGCGUAAGGCCCCUUGACUGGAAUCUUGAGUUCAUUAACCCUUCAGUAUCUAAAGCCGUCGGGGCAAAGGUACUGUUGGAACACUUAGGCGUGGACGCAAGUGACGUGCUUGCAAUGGGUGACGGCGAAAAUGACAUACAAGUGCUUAAGCUGGCAGGGGUUUCCGUGGCAGUUGCGAACGCGUGUCCUGCAGCCAAAGCUGCUGCAAAGUACACAACUGUGAGCAACAACGAGAGCGCCUUCCAGGUCGUUGCCGACCUAGUCUUGAGUGCACAAGCAGGAAAAUCGACAAAAUUGCUGGCCAAUUGA